CAAUCAGAGUGCAGCGUACUGCGGGCUUCCAUCCAAUAGCGGCGCUGCUUGUUUUUUGGCCUCGUUGCGACCGCGGACAGACAGAAGCAAGUGGACCGGUUUAAAGCUAAGCUAAUUCAGUCACAUUUUAGCCGGUGAAUUUUAAUUUUUUCAUCAGCUCCUUCACAACACAUGCGUGUAUCUGCUUUCGAAAAAUCAAAGCUACAUGUUAAUAUUUUAAAUAUUAGGCUAAGAAGCAGAACUUGGCGUUUAUUUUGAUAAACCGCUUCUCUCCCGCUAGCUGAAUUUGCAGCGGGUAGGCGCCAGUCGUGUUUGACAACAGCGCUGUUCGGUCACGUUCCCGGUGUUGUUGAUGCCGUUUGUAGCUGCUGACUGAAGCGGCAAAAGAGAAAGAGAAACCGCACAUCGGUUAAAAAGAAAAGUGAAGCAUGGCAGAAUUCCUCGACGACCCGUCAGUUCUCACGAAAGAUAAGCUGAAAAAUGAGCUCGCCGCCAACAAUGUGCCACUUCCAAGCGGAGAGCAUAAAAAAGAAGUGUAUGUGCAGCUGUAUCUGAAGAACUUAACCGUACUGAACAACAAGAAGAGCCCACCUGCAGACACCUUCUCCAGCGACGAGGAGUUGCCUGCUCCCGUGGUGUCCAACAAAAGUCGAUCCGGAAGAAAAGCUACCAAAAAGACAGACAAGCCUCGCACAGAGGAUAUGGAUGUGACAGACCUCACUGAUGAAGAUUUAAAACAGCAGCUGGCAAAGCAUGGUGUGGACUCAGGACCUAUUGUUGCCUCUACCCGCAAGUUGUAUGAGAAGAAGCUGCAGAAGCUUUUGGACCAGCCUCCAGCUGAACCUGAAGCUCCUACAGACGUCACAGCUCUCCCCAAGGCAGAUAGUAACCAGAAUGGCAACACAAAUUCUGACCAGUACAGUGACAAGGAAGAUGAGGAGAUUGCUGCCCCUGAACCAGAGCCAGUACCCGUGGUAGAGAAAUCUGUGAGGAGCCGAGGGAAAGCUCCAGUUACAGUCAGGACUAGCAGCAGACGACAAACCAAGGUGGUGGAGGAAAUUAUUAUUGAAGAGACCCCAAAGAAAGCCAGCGAGAGUGUUGUUGAAGAUAUCCUUGCCAAUGAAAUAAGCACACCAACAGGCAUCAGUGCGACCUGCAGGCGUCCAAUCCGAGGGGCUGCUGGUCGACCUGUAAAACCAACACCGUCUCUUCAAGCAAAGCCACAACUCGACGAGGCUUCCUGUCCGUGUUGCUCAAGCUCCUGCUCCUUGUUGUGGUGGGCGGUUCUCUCUACUACGCCUUCCAGAACCUGGAUGCGGAUCAGAUCAACACCCUCAAAGGCCUCCUGGACAGCGUCAUUGUCCCACUCCAGGGCGCUGUGGACGUCGCAGCCACCUACCUGGGCAUCAGCGGCAGCGGUGCUACAGACAGCCCAGGCAAGUAAAGACCCUCAGCAGUCCCUCGCCAUCCCUACACCACCUCCCUGCCGCCUGCCACAGCACACCACAACUCAAGCAGAAAACUGGGCUCACCUCUCCUCUUUUCCUACAUGGUAGGACAAAGGACACAAUUUAAUUGGAAUGAUGAACUUUCUCCUCUCCGGAUUCCAGCUUUCCUCCCACCACAAGAGGGAGGUAUAACUCAAAGAGUAGCUUCUGGAUAACACUGUUUUGUGGCAGUCAGAAGAGACUAAUUUUAAUGUUGAUUUUAAUCUGUAAAUUGUUUCUGUCUUUGUGUGUAUUUAACCCUUGUCUGUAGAAACAAGUGCAAAAUGGAGAGGCCAGUUUAUCCAUGCAUGGUUAUAGUUUUGGAAGGUCAUACUGUAGUUUCUAAUGCUAUGUGCCAGGUGUUUUUCUGAUGGUGAAGUGCCUGGACACUGUUAGCACUUAGUGCCCUCCCAUUUUUCAAGCACAAAGCAGCGCUAAUACUAAUACCAGAAUGUCUACAUGUGUUUCUAUAUGAAUCUUAAAAUUUGCUCUUUAGCCAUAGAGUUAGGUAGAGUGAUUCAUUAUUUCUAUGGUGCUCAGGUCAACCUUUUUAUUGUGGUCUGUGAUGGGAGGAGACACGUGGUGUAAUCAGGUCACAUCACUGCAUGAGGAAAAUCAGCCCACGUUCAAGUUGACGUAAAAACAAAACUUUUUUUUUUUUUUUAAACUUUUUUCUACCCAGCGGCUGUUCAUUGCUUAAAUCAUCAGCGCUCUAUGACUAAACUGACAAUUCUGAUCGCUCUGUGUUGUAAUCAUGAUUUUUACUGUCAGUGGAUUGACAAAGAAAAUUUACUGUGCUUUUGGCAUCUUGUAUCAACAUCCCCAUCAAUUUGAAAACAAAAACCUUUAAAUGAAAGAGCUUUUUAGCAUUAUCUACCACUUAUCUGACAAGUACUCCUUGAGGAAACUGAAAUUGCAGUGUUUAAUCAUAGAAUAUUGAUUUUCCAGCCCUGCCAGUGUGCCCAUAUGAGUUUACAUGCUUUGGGUUUUAGUGCUUUGUUGUGUUUUCUUUUUAUUUUGUUCUGUUUUUAUUAGAUUUCUUAUCCUUCAGUCCUAAAUGCAGGACUGGCUGUGCACCCACAUAGCCCACCUCACUGACUUCAUGUGUCGCGACGUGGCAGAUCUACGAAGAAGACACAUGGAGAAAGUAAAUCUUUUUAGGACAGUUAAUCAAUGUAUGCUCUUCAGAACUCUUGACUACUACUGCCUGUGCAAAUUACCAUAAUUAAAACGCUGUAGGUUACUCGGAAUAGGGUGCGGCGCUUUAUUCACUGGAGGUGAUGUUGGGGUGGGAAAAUUUCUGGGGGCAUCUUCGUUUCUAUUUUGAUAUUUUUCUAAAGUGGUGUGUUCAACUUUUUUAUAGCAUAUUUUAAGGUAACAUUUGAAAGCAAUAUGUAAUUCAUGGAAGUGAUACUGUAUCUUAAAUCUGAACCUUGCUGAUUUAAUACAAGUGAUUCAUCAUCAGGCAGCUCUCCUACAAUGGACAGAAACGACAGGGGUUAUGUGGGUAAGGAUUUUUAAUCUGUUUAUUUAUGAUAAUGUAGGCAGUGUAUCAUAAAAUAAACUUGGUUGUUACCAGA